AUGCAACAACGACGAGAUGAAAUUCUGGCGAAGAAAGCCAAACUUGCAGAGUUAAAGAGGCAAAGAGAACUCCGUGCGAGAGAAGUUUCCGUAAGCAGACAGAGCGUAGGAAGUGGAAGUGAUCUUGCAUCACCGACACCAGGACGAGCCGAUAAUCGAAGGGAACUUGACAAUCUAAUUUCCAGCUUAGUCGGAGAUAGUAGACCCGGAUCGACUGGCCCUGGCGGAGCAGGAUCACCGGCGAGAGGGAGUCGACCAAACAGUGUAUUAAGUGCCGGUGAACUAAGUAAUGAGCCUUCCGAAUCGACCAUAUCGACUGCCCAAGUCUCGCAGACCCAAACAUUAUCCAUAUCGACUCCCCAGUCUCUUUCCACAGUUCCAUUAUCUACAGUCUAUGAAUUUCCGCCAUCUCCAAUUAAGGAAGUAUUCUCAUACAGUAAAGGGGUACAAACAACGGAGGAAUGGGGUACACAAACCUCUAGGCCUCGAGGUUUCGAUGAUUCGGAAGAUGAACUCAACAAACCCCCUGGAGUUCAUUCACCAAGCAAACGGCUAAGCAGGAGAGAAAAAAAUAGAGAGGAAGAAUUAAGGGAGAACAUUCGCCGGGAAAUCGAGGAAGAGCUGAAGGCAACUCGAGAUCUUGUAGAUGGCCCUGUAAGACCAGAUUCUCAGCAUUUAUCAACAGCAAAUUUCCCCGCGAGGAUUUUGACAAAUGAAGAGCUGAAUGCUGUGACAUCGUCAGAAGACUUUAUGGAAUUUGUUGAAAGAUCAAGUAAGGUCAUCGAAAGAGCAUUAGAUCAGGAAUACGAUGUGCUUGCAGAUUACGGAUUAAAUGGCGCAAAUGGAGUUGGGGACGACGAUGAAUACGGUAAUACAGGCGGAAGGGGUCGACGGAAGAUAAAGGAGGUUGCCCAAUUCUACGAUGAACGAUGGUCAAAGAAGAGGAUGAUCAGUGCCAUCGAUUUCUCUCCCAAAUUUCCCGAGCUUGUUCUUGCAGCAUAUACAAAGAAUCCAUCCGCACCACAUGAUCCUGAUGGACUGGUUCAGGUCUGGAACAUGCAUCUUCACGAUAGACCAGAAUUUGUGUUUCAUGCACAAUCAGAUGUUCUCGCCGCAAAAUUCUCCCCUUUCCACCCCAAUUUGAUCAUUGGAGGUGCUUACAGCGGUCAAGUUUUACUCUGGGACACAAGAGCAAAAUCAGCACCAGUUCAAAAGACACCUUUAACUGGAUCGGGACAUACUCACCCGGUCUAUUCUGUCGAUAUCGUAGGAACUCAAAACGCUAAUAAUAUUAUAUCCUGCUCGACAGACGGUGUCAUGUGUGGCUGGACUGUAGAUAUGCUUGCGCAACCACAAGAACUACUUACAUUGACAAAUCCACCGCCCGCAAAAACUGAAGAUAUGAGCCCAACUUGUAUGGCUUUCCCACAAACCGACCCGACAUACUUUCUCGUUGGUUCGGAGGAAGGAACUGUAUAUUCUUGCCAUAGAUAUGAUCGAGCAGGUGCCAAGGCAGGUGCUGAUCAAAGAGUCACUUACCGUGGUCAUGCAGCACCCGUCAUGUCUUUGAGUUUCCAUCCAGCAAAGGGUCCUGUUGAUCUUGGCGAUCUUGUUCUUACCAGUUCCUUGGACUGGACCGUUAAACUGUGGAAAGUCCGGGCUCCAACUGCGACAGCAACCACUUCUAUCUCAGGAGAAAGCCAGGCAGUCGCUCCAUUAUUCGAUUUUACCAGAGAGGAUCUUGUCUAUGACGCAGCCUGGUCACCUAUAAAACCCGGUGUAUUCUCACUUGUGGACGGAGCAGGUAAUCUAGAAGUAUGGGACAUAACCGUGGACACUGAGGUUCCAGUGUCUAAAGUCCAGCCAAGCGGCCGAAAGGGCGGUCGAAGCAUUAUGUCCAAGAGCUUGAACAAACUCGCUUGGGAAAAAACUGAAGGAAAACGUAUCGCAACCGGUGGUAUUGACGGUGUGCUUUCAAUAUUUGAGGUUGGCCCGGAUCUUGGCGGCAAGGACAGUGCCAGAAGUGAGGAGUGGACAAAUGUCAAGAAAUUGGUGGCCAGAAUGGAGUCAUCAGCACAGAAUGCUCAUGAUGUGAUUGGCAUCAACGGGUUGUAA